GUCGACGGAAACAGCCGAAGGACGUUCGUACGUCGCGAGAAACGUGCAUUUGGCGACUCUAGCUUUACGCCGUGGUGUGUAGAAUGGAAAAUCUUUAAAACGCGAUGCGGACGUACCAUAAUCUAGCUGGCUGGCGCGAGUUUUUUGUCGAAACAAAUGUUCUGUGCUUGAAUUCUGUGCCCAAAACAAGUUCGCCGUUUCGCGUAUUAUACAAAAGUUUGAGUAAAUGAAUAAUGUUCUAGUUAAUAAUAAAAAAAAAAUAGUUCACAGUUGUUACAAUGGCAUAUAAGUGCAGGGAGGAAAUUGUGGGCAAGCGGUUUUUGUCAGUGUCUAGUGGAUUCACGAAAAUCAAAGGAAAAGUCAGAGAUUGGAAUUGGAGAGCUGGCGUGAUCAGGGCGGCCACCCACAAAGAUAGCUCCAGUCAAGAUCUGCAGGUGUUGGUGGAAUAUGAUGACGCAGAAUGGCAACGCAGGGAGUGGAUGAGCGUAUACAGGGAAAACUUGUUUCACGUAUUUCUGGUCGAGCAGGCGCUUGUGUGGGCCGAUAGAAGAGAUCCGGUAAAGCCUUCGAAUGGAACUGUCCUUUGGCCGGCACUGACAUUCAUGCCUUUGGUAUCCAACAUCGAAAUUCCUGGUAAUCUACUGCCCGUGGAAUUCCUGUUAGAUAGAGAGCUAGCGUUUAAGGAAUACAGAACACUCAAGCCUUAUCAGGAGUGGGAUCCAUCGUUAAGAGGUGUCCGGGAUUAUCCGGAAUUGCGUCUGGCCGUGAAGCGCUGGAUCGAGCUGCAAGACGGCCAACGCAUCCUGUUGACUACCCCGAGCGUUCUGGUAGGGUACAGGGUGGAAGUUUAUAGGGCCGAAGGUACGACCCAAUGGUACACUGCUGUGAUAAUCGGAUACAACGAAGCUACUAGGGACCUGACCGUUACGGACGAUACCGUGUUGGAAGAGCACAAUGAAGAUCCUGCGCUUGUGCAGAUGCGUCUCAUCGGAGACGGAGUUGUAGAAUCGAUCAUGCGCGGGGAGAACGUCGGGAUCACUCCGAGAAGGUCCAGAUCGUCGGCGCUGUUGAAUCAGCAAAAUACUCAGUUGCUUCAAAACCGUGUGAUACGGGGAUUGGCCAAUACCGUCACCACCUGUCAACAGCAGCCGAAUUCGACCAGUGGCGCCGUCAGCAAGAGGCCGAGGUCACGCAGAUCUGGCAUAUCGGAAACCGGUAAUUCCCCGGAAUCACCCGAUAAAGGCUACGGCACAAAGUCAAAGAAACGGAAACCCAGCGAGACUGACACCCCCACUACCAGGUUACGCUACGCGAACAGCAUAAAAGAAGACCUCGAGAACAAUCAGUCGCGCAGCAAAAAUCACGGUCGUUCGGUGAACAAGAAAAAGGUCCUAGAGGAGGCGAACAAUUCUAAACUUCGGGAAAUCGAGGUCGUCGUCGAGGACUGCUUGCAGAACGGCAGUCUUUACCUCAACAGGGCACUUUUAGAGGAACCGCCUCUGUCCGAAGAAAGCGAGGACACGCCUCCUUCCGUAGAGUUCCGCGACGACGAGCCGCCGUCUUCUCUAGAGUGUCAGCGCGAAGAAGACGAGUCGUCUUCUACUGCGCGUCAAUCGAAACCUUCUUCGCCGGCAGCGGUCGAAGAAGAAACCCGGAAGCGAGAUCGUGAGGGUGAAGCGGCGAUCGAUGAUCGCGUCAGUGUAGUUAGUGGUGAAUCGGUGCACGAAGAAAGUGAGGAGGCAGAUGAAUCUGUGCAGUGCAAUAAUAGUGGUGAAGUGAAAGAGGAGGUGGAGCUUAGUGCCUGUAAUAGUGAAGACGAUUGUGUUAUAGUGGCGAAUAUCAAUAUCGGCAGGACCAUCAUCAGUACACCGACCAAGGCCGAUAGAGAGCCGGAUUGUUCUAUCAGAGGUGACGAUGACGGACCCCUGUCUUCAUCCUCGCCUUUCAGCAGGAUGGACUUCAAUUCUGAGACGCCCAACUCUUUACGUUUCCCAGACGACCGCAGCGACUCUGGUGUGAGCUCACUGCGUUCGGGCAGUGGGGAUGAGCGCUCAGGAUCGAGAUCCAGCGCGUUAAGUUCGACCGACGAGCCGAACACAUCCGGCCACAUCUCAUCGGCAUCAUCAAACACAACUCAACCAGCAACCAGGUCGCCCCUGUUUAUACCUGCGGCGAGCAGCGGGCAUCACCACCAGCAGCAGCAGCAGCAGCUGCAUCAGGAACAGGUGCGCGUGUGGAGAGACCCCAGCUUGCUCCUGGAGGAACCCCACAUACGGCACAUACACAGCGUACAGCACCAGACGUUGCUCAUGUCGCAUCCGACCACGCCGGCCUCAUCUGGCCCCCAACCGCCGACCUCCGCCCCCGGGAGCCAUCCCUCGUCUAUCUACCCGCCCGUACCCCCGUCGUCGCUAAUGCCGCCCCACCAUCUGGCCCCCCACCAUCCCCAUCUGUCGCCCCAUACGCUGUACCACUCGCCGUUUUCCGACAUCAUAUGGAAACAGCGGUACGCGGGGGUGCCGACUCACCUCUUGGGGCAGCAGACCGGCCAUCCGACGGACGAGCAACUUCUGGAGAGGGAGCGGGCGGCCGCCCUCAUCCAGGACAGGCACCACACGGAGCGGAUGAUCAGGCAAAGCCAGGAGCUCGAGAAGCAACACAAAGAGAAAGAACGGCUCGAACGGGAACGACAGGAACGCGAGAAAAUGGAACGGGAACGGGAGCGGGAAAAGCAGGAGCGCGAGCGCGAGGAGAAAGAAAGGCAGGAACAGGCGUUGCACAACCAUUUCGAGAAAUCUCUGCGUGCGGCCCAACAGAAACGCGAGCAAUGGAACUCGAUAGGCGGCGGUAGGCCGCCCCCGUCCCGCGCCUCCGAGGACGAGCGCAAAGAGAUGCACCAAAGGGAACAACACCACCAGCAGCAGCAGCAGCGGCAUCUAGCGUCGGUGCGGAGCGCCGCCGACCCCAACAACCACCGGUCGUACUACCCCGUGCAGCAGCAGCAGAAACAGGCCGCCAAGUCCGAUUACCCUCCACCACCCGCUCACAGCAGGAUGUCGUCCGCGAAAGCGGCGACGGACAAGUUACCCAACGUGCACCCGUCGAUAAUGCAAAAGGGCGAGCUCGCUAUAUACGGAUACCAAGUGCAGACCGCUCCCCAGAACGCGUACUACGAACCAAAGAAGGGGGCGGAGCUGCAGCACAAAACGACCCCCGGCGGCGGUUUGGUCGUGACCAAAACGAACCCGAUGGACUUGCCGAAUCCGCCGCCCCUGGUCAGCGAAAUGAAGAACUCGGUGAUCGUGAAGCACGACGCGAAAAACCCGCACCAUCUGGAGCCGCGCGUUUCGAUAGCGCUCAGUCCGAGCCCGAAGCUGAGGAACGACAUGAUCGGCCAUUACAUGUCGUCGGCGGGUUCGCAAAAAGCGAAUAUCUACGAGUACCGGAGCCCGACGCAGUCGCCGCACCACCUGCCGCACUCCGCGAGCCCCCACCACCACCUCGACUCGAAGACGAGCGGUCAGCAGCAUCGCCAGCUGCCGAGUCCCCAUCAUCACCGGCAAUCGCCGCACGGGCAGCAGCACGCGUCGCCCGACCUGCGCUUCAGGACGACGUCGGACGCCGGCGGCGUCGGUGGCGCGCAGCAGACAAUGGUGUUCCCCUCCGGGUCGACCAAACCGUAUCCGUUCCUGUCGACGACGGCCGCCGCGGUGACCGCGUUUACCGCGUCGAACUCGUCGUCUGCCAACUCGAAGCCGAAGGUGUCGUCGCCAGCGCCGCACCAUAUUUACGGCAAACCGUCCGCGGGGAUGGUGUCGGUGGUGCCGGUCGCCACCCGACCCCCCGUCACCCACGACGCGGUGCCCAUGCCGCUGCCGAAACCGCCGUCGGCGUCGCCGUCGCCGUACCAGCAAGUGUCGCAGUACCACAUACCGGCGUUGACGGCCGCCCCUUCGAUAGUAACGUGUCCGCCGCCGGCGCACAGCAGCCGCACCACGUCCGCGAUCGACCGUUACGAACGGAUGUAUCCGGCGGGUCCCGCCCCACCCGGCGGCCUCUCCGUCAAGCUGCUCAAUCAGCCGGGCACGUCGCCGCCGACGGCCUCGUCGGCGCCGCUACCCGCGUCCCGCACCCAUCCCGGUUUCGGUAUGUCGCCGGGUUUACCCCAGGUGCAGACGCAGCCUUUGGAUUUAGGCGUGGGGUCGAACAAGUCGUCGGAGAAGCCGCAACCCUCUUUCGAGGUGAUGCGGCGACGUCUCCUUCGAUUGGCGGAGAUUCGCGCGGAAACGGAGACCCAGCAGCAGCAGCAACCCCAGUUGGCGCGAGUCAGCGAGCCGAGUCCGUUGAUCGCUAGCGCGGCCACCACCAUAACGACGCUGGUCAACACGGCCGCGUAUAGAAACCUCCCCACCACCACUACCACGACCGUUGCCGCCGUCGCCGCUCCGCCGACCGUCUUGACCGAAAACUUGCCGGAUCUGAGCGUGACGCCGGUAACGACGGAGGCGGCGCGACCGCCGAGCGCCGAGUCGAUCACCAAGCCGGCGACGCCGCCUCCGAGCAACGCCGGAACGCCCACGCCGCCCACGAGCGUGACGCCGGCCCCGCCCCCGUCCGAAGAGUCGCCGGGCACGCCCCUCAAGCCGACGAGCGUCACGCCGAGCGCCGUCGACUCGGAAAAGUCCAACAGUCCCGGACCGCAGAAGACUAGCAGCAGCUCGAGCUACCCCGUGCGCCACCUGAAGAAGGCGUGGCUGCAACGGCACACUGGCGAAGACCUGGAGGACACGACCGGCGUGGUGGGGUCGGGCAGUUGUGUCACGUUGCCGCUCAACAUCAACCGGCCGAGUCCGCCCCCGUCGAAAAACGAGAGCCCUGUUAAUUCGAUCCAUUCGGUCGGCAGCAUGGCCGUCAACAGUAUCAGCAAAACGAAACACUUCACCAGCAAGAACGCCGCUAACCGGAAGGCGAAAGAAUCGUCGUCGUCAUCGUCGUCGAGUGUCAACGGACACCCGAGCGAUAACAGCAAGGGCGGCGGAGGCGGCGGCGGCGGCGGCGACGACUCUUCCAGCUCGGAUCAGGAACGGGGCGGGCGGAAGAGUCCGCCGAAACGAAAACCGCCCAAGGUGAAACGGAAAAAAGGCGGGGGCGGCCUCGGUAAGAAGCCGCCGGUCGACGACAAAAAGCGAAAAUUGGACAAGCCGGCGGUUAGCUUGGCGAGCGAGAGCGGCAGCGACAGCGACAAGGAGUCGGGUAGCGAAAAGGACAGCGACUCGGGCGCUAGCACGGUAGUGUCGGGAAACGGAGGCGGCUGCGGCGGCAAGAAACCCAACGGCAAGGAGCCGCGAAAGCGGGGCAGAAGACCAAAGGGUUCAAAAAACGACAAAGGCGAGGAGCCGCGCGCGAAAAAAUCUAAAGACGAGCCCCAGCGCGACCCCUUUCGCAAACCACCCGUGGGCCAAUUGAAAAAGACGGGCGAGAGUUUUUUGCAGGACGGGCCCUGCUUCGAGGUUGCCCCGAAGCUGGCGAAGUGCAGGGAAUGCAGGUGGACGCCAAAUCAGCGCUCGAGGAACAUGCCGAACAUUUUUUGCAGGUUCUACGCGUUCCGACGGCUGAGGUACACGAAAAACGGACAGUUGGCGAUCGCCGGGUUUAGCGACCCCCACAAGGAUCCCUUGGAGGAUGAUGUGAAGUUAUGGUUACCAAACCCCGACAGCCCGCCCUCUGAUUUAGACUUGGACACGUCCCGGUUCCUUCUGAAACAGGUGGGCGACCACUUCUGUGAUCUUCUAGUCCAAGAGAAGGAGACUCACGACGAACAUAUGGCCGACGACAAAACUGUAGCGUGGAAACGGGUCGUUCAAGGGGUGAGAGAGAUGUGCGACGUAUGCGAGACGACCCUGUUCAACUUCCAUUGGGCGUGCGGCAAGUGCGGCUUCGUGGUCUGUUUAGACUGCUACAAGAGUCGAAAGCACGGCACCAUCAAAUCUAUGAGCGAAUCCGGCAAGGAUCGUGACGAGUUCGCGUGGCUCCUCUGCACCAACCGUCAGGGACACGAACAGGAGAAGCUGAUGUUGACGCAGAUCAUCGCGGACGAUUGCCUACUAAAGCUGGGCAAGAUGGUCCACGAGAUGCGUGAGCUGUGGGGCAUCGAGCAGUUUUGCGCGUGCCCGAACGCCAAGGACGUGAAGCUCAACAACGUCGAGUGCAAGGAGAUCGUCAAACUGAUCCUGGCAGAAAAACUCAAUGGCGUGAAGAAAGACGGCAAAGAGGAAACGAAGGCUAUGAACGGGGUGAAGGAGGAGAAAAAUUCUCCGCUGAAUUGGUUGGCGGACGUGGCCCUCUCGAAUUCAGAAGAGAAGAAGCAGGACGGCGGCGGUUCCAGUAGCGAGGAGGAGGGCAAUUUUUCGACCCUAAGGGAGCUACUGAUCCGGCCGUCGCACAAAGCGAACGGCUCGUCGAGGGCGGCCUCGCCGGUCACCAAGAGCGGCGACAAGAAAAAGUCCAAGUCCGACUCGUCGGACGACCCGAUGUGCGGUUUUGGCUUGGGCGACGUCCCAGUCAAACAGGAGAAGGAGGAGGAGGCGGAACAGCAGAUGGAACUGAAACAUUUCGUGCGGCGGUACAAUUGGCAGAAUAAGGGCAGGCAACAGUUGCCGAUACGGAUCAUGACGUUGACGGAGAGCAAGCUCCUGUACCCCAACGUGCCUCACUCGUGGCUGUGCGACGGCAAGCUGCUCAGGCUGAGCGACGCGAAUUGCAAAGAGAAUUACAAAAUUUUCCAGGACCAAUGGAAGCGCGGGCAGCCCGUCAUAGUGUCGGACGUGACGAAAAACAUCGACAAAGACCUGUGGAACCCGGACGCGUUCGCGCGCGACUUUGGCGACGAGAAGAACGACCUGAUCAACUGCAUGACCGGCAACCUGGUGCCGAACCAGCCGAUGCGCAAGUUCUGGGAGGGCUUCGAUCACUUCUCCAAACGGCUGAAAGACGACCGCGGACAGCCGAUGCUACUGAAACUGAAGGACUGGCCGCCGGGCGAGGAUUUCGCCGAAAUGUUACCCUCGCGUUUCGCGGACCUAAUGAAGGUGCUGCCGUUGGACGAGUACACGCACCGGAGCGGACGUCUGAACCUCGCGUCCCGGCUGCCCGACUGCUUCGUUCGACCCGAUCUCGGUCCGAAAAUGUACAACGCUUACGGGUCCGCGUUGCACCCGAACAAGGGCACGACCAAUCUCCAUCUGGACAUCAGCGAUGCGGUCAACGUCAUGGUGUACGUCGGCAUCCCGAAGGACGGCGACUCGGAGGAGCACAUCAAGGAGGCGUUCCGCGCGAUAGACGAGGCCGGUUGCGACAUACUGACGAGGCGACGCGUGCGCGACAAGGGCGAGUUGCCGGGCGCCCUCUGGCACAUUUACAACGCGCGCGACGCCGACAAGAUCCGCGACCUCCUCAACAAGGUGACGGUGGAAAAGGGCGGCCGUCUCGAGCCCCACAACGAUCCGAUCCACGACCAGAGCGGUUACCUGGACGGGCCGUUACGCGAGCGUCUCUACAAAGAGUACGGCGUCGAGGGUUACGCGAUAGUGCAGUGUCUCGGGGACGCGGUCUUCAUACCGGCGGGCGCGCCGCACCAGGUGCGCAACCUGCACAAUUGCAUCAAGGUCGCGGAGGAUUUCGUCAGUCCGGAGAACGUGUCGCACUGUUUCCACCUGACCCAGGAGUUUCGCGAUCUGAGCGACACCCACUCGAACCACGAGGACAAGCUGCAGAUCAAGAACAUCAUCUACCACGCGGUCAAGGACGCGCUCGCCACCCUCGGCGCGUUGAUGAACCGCCAGUCGGGGCGGAGGAUCGUCGCGUGCGACGCGACGUCCGAGCCGAACGACGUGAAAAAUGUGAUAAUGCCCCCUACCCCGUAGACGUAGAAUUUACAAUUUCCCGUGUGAUAUGUAUAAGUAAAAGUGUCUAUCGUCCCGCUUUCCGUGUACAUAUAUAUAUAUAUAUAUAUAUAUAUAUAUAUAUAUAUAUAUAUAUAUAUAUAUAUAUAUAUAUAUAUAUAUAUAUAAACCGCGAACGCGGUUGUCGUUUUUUCGGCCCCGCCUCCCCCACACACACGCGCGCGCGCCCCCCACUGUACAUAUAACGUUUGGACUUUUGUACAAAGCGAAACUGUUUUUUUUUGUUUUGUUUUUUUUUUAAUUCGGAUGCAAGUUGCACGGUAAAACUUCCUGUUGUAGAUUUUCGUGUGUCUGUUUUCGACACGGAACCUGUAUUUAGCCUGUUUACACACUAUUUCUCUGUUGCGGCCGUCGUUAGUUUCGGACUCGCGUCGACCGGUGCGCGGGGAAAAGCGACGGCGCGCCAUCUAGCGACGCGGUGCGCAGCUUGUUGACGGGAACGCGGAUUCAGGAGGGCAUUUUGAAAUAAAUAAAUAAAAAAUAGGUUGGCAAGGGCAAAAUGCAAAAAUUUGGAUUCCGAAUAAAGGUUUUUGUUGUAACCGCAAUCCAGCGAAAAGCAAGUUGUUACUGAAAGCCUCGCAGACCUCAGUCCUGGCUCCCCGUGAAUUGCUAGAACAACGGAAUAUUGUAAUCCCAAUGAAAAGACCACUGAAGCAAUUAAAACUUUAAGGCAUUAACUAAAAA